UAUGAAGUUAAUUUCAGAAAAAUUUUGUUUACCCGAGUCCGAUUUCCCCGCACUGUCUGCAGAUGUAAGACGUAGUCCUUCAGAUGAAACCUUAAUGUCGUUAAGUUCAAAAGGGAGUACGGUCGAUUCGGAACACAGAUCGAGAAGUUCUGGCGAUGUCUCUCUUGAAUCGGAAAACUUAAAGGAAACGUCCAAGAGAAAAAAGCAAAAGUUCUUUUAUAGUCUCAGGAAUAAGGCCAGAAAAUUACGUUCUAGGUCCCGAGAGAAAUUAUUCGGGUCGAGCAAAAGGCAAUCUUCAACCGAAUAUGAAGGCUCUUCCGUUGAUCACCCACUUCAACCGACUACCCGAUUUAAAGAGUCGUCGUUUGCCAUAACGAGGGAUAAAUCGUGCAGUGAAGCCAUGCUACCACUAUUGGCAGCUGAGAACAAUGAAAACGAAAGGGAUUCAGGCAUUACUGUAGGUGAUCAGGAGGAUGUGAACGUACUAAGGCAAAGAGCUCACGUAUUAAGAAGUUAUCCAUUUUUUCAUCUCGAAGUUGUGCUAAAGGAAGGCAGAGAUCUGGUUAUAAGAGAUUCUUGCGGUACUAGUGAUCCUUAUGUUAUCUUUAAGAUUGGCAGAAAACAAUAUUAUAAAAGUCGAAUUCUAUUUAAAAACUUGAAUCCUCAAUGGGACGAAAAAUUUACUAUUCCCAUAGAGGACCCUUUUGCUCCUAUUUCUGUAAAAGUAUUCGACUACGAUAGAGGACCAAAAGAUGAUCCAAUGGGCAAGGCGGUAAUCGAUUUAACAUCUGUAGAUAUAAAUAAUUCAACUGAUUUGAAAUUGAAUCUGCAACCCGAUCGAAAUGGUAAAGUGAGAGAAGAUUAUAUGGGCUAUUUACUCUUGCAAGUUAAUUUAGUUCCCAAAUCUCAGGAAGAUAAAGAUCAUAACGUAACGGUAGAAUCUCCAAAGUUUACAAGGAAGCACGGACGUUUUAAUGAUUCUAAGAGGAUGAAAACUCAAAUAUGGUCUUCGGUUGUUAGUAUCGUGUUAGUUAGCGCUGAAGAUUUAUUACCGAUGGACGAUAAUGGAUUUAGCGACCCUUACGUUAAAUUUCGUUUGGGUAAUGAGAAAUAUAAAUCAAAAUGGAAACCUAAAACUUUGAAACCAACCUGGUUAGAGCAAUUUAACCUUCACAUGUUUGACGAUCAAACUUCGCAUUUAGAGUUGUCGGUUUGGGAUCACGACUCGGGUGGUCGAGAUGAUUUUAUGGGUCGUUGUCUCAUUGAUUUAUCUGAAUUUAAGACUGAAGCAACUCAUUCUCUUCAUUACAAAUUAGAGGAUGGAGCGGGCAUAGUUCAUUUAUUAUUAACUGUGACUGGUACGACUGGUAGCGAAACUGUUUCCGAUCUCGCGACCCAUCAACCAAAUCCUAAAGAUAGAGAAAACAUAGUAAGAAAAUAUGGCAUACUAAAUAGUUUUCGACAUAUAAGGGACGUUGGUUGGUUACAAGUUAAAGUGAUUAGAGCAAGGGGAUUGGCCGCUGCUGACAUAGGUGGAAAAAGUGAUCCAUUCUGUGUUAUUGAACUCGUCAACGACCGUUUACAAACGCAAACAGAAUAUAAAACAUUAUCUCCUGAAUGGGGGAAAAUAUUUACGUUCAAUGUAAAAGAUAUCCACUCGGCUUUGGAGAUAACUGUUUACGAUGAAGAUAGAGAUAAAAAAGUUGAAUUUCUAGGAAAGAUAGCCUUACCAUUAAUUAAGAUUAAACCAUUUGAAAGAAAAUGGUUUACAUUAAAAGAUAAGAAGUUAAUUAAUAGCGCAAAAGGGGCAAUUGAAUUGGAAUUGGACCUAAUCUAUAAUCAUUUUAAGGCGGCUAUACGAACUUUCAAUACUAAAGAGGAUAAAUAUAUGCAACCCGAACCUAAAUUUAAAAUGGCUAUUAUGAAAAGAAAUAUUAAUCGCGUUUCUAGACUAGCUCAAGCUGCUAUAGAAACUGGAAGAUUUAUACAAAGUUGUUUCGAUUGGGAAUCGAAAGCUCGCAGUACAUCAGCUUUUCUUGUUUUUCUUAUCGUCGUAUGGAAUUUUGAGUUAUAUAUGCUUCCUAUAACAGUUUUAAUAAUAUUUCUUAAAAAUUUACUAAUUGUUCAAGUCGUUGGUCACUUUCAAAAAGAGAGGGAUAUCGAUGAUUACGUUGACGAGGAAGACGACGACGAAGACGAUGACAAAGACAGGGAGGGUAAGAAAUCCUUUAAAGAAAAAUUACAUCAAAUACAAGAACUGGGCCUACAAAUUCAAGAGGGAAUGGAUAAAGUGGCCUGUUUAGGAGAGCAUGUUAAAAACACUUUUAAUUGGGUUGUCCCCUGGUUGUCUUGGCUCGCUGUUGUUGUACUUAUUAUAGCUUCCGUCAUCUUUUAUUAUAUUCCUUUGAGAUAUCUCAUACUACUAUUUGGUAUUAAUAAAUUUACAAAGAAACUUAGAGCUCCUAACGCAAUUCCAAACAACGAAUUAUUAGACUUCCUAUCAAGAGUACCCUCUGACAAAGAAUUAGUUAUGUAUAGAGAAUUAAGACCUGAUCCAGCAAUUAUUGGAACAAAACGGAAAAAGAGUUAA